AUGAUCGCCGAGAAGACGGCGGACGUCAACCUCUCGGAGCCACUGCGCUACCUCCAAGCCGGACCUGCCUCGUCCAAGCGACUAGUGGUGCUGCUCCACGGCAUGGUCUUCACCGCCGACACGUGGAAGUGGGUGGGCACGAUCGACGCGCUCGCCGAGGCCGGCUUUCGCGUCGUCGCGCUCGAGCUGAAGCACUACGCGGGCGAGUACGCCUCCGAGGCAGUUCGCACGAGCCUGCUGCGUAGCUUCCUCAAGGCGCUCGGCUGGCCGGCGAGCCCGCGCUCCGUCCUCGUCGUCGCCGCCUCGGCGGGCGGCUCUGUCGGCGCGCCGUUUGUGCUCGACCCAAAGACGGCGCCGAGCGUGGCAGGGUAUGUCUCA